AUACAUCAGGUCAACGGUUUACGGUUUUAUUACAAUAUUUGUUCAAGGAGUUUAAAAAUGUUAAACUGAAUAAGUUUAUAAUAGUUUUUGUUAAAAUGGAGCACCACAAAGAUCCUAUAAGUGUUCGUAUUGCUAGAAUAAACUCAGAAAUUUUAGGAACUGCAACCAAAUUAAAUGAACCAAACCUUUUAUCACGAGAAACUCUUUUGGAUGUGUUACAAGCUUUGUACGAAGAAUGCUGUUUAGAAAGUCUUCAGAAAUAUGAUACUAAUAUCGAGCACUUUGUAGAAAGGUACAAAGAAACUAUUAAACAUGUCAAAAGACUAAGGGUUAAUAUUACAGAUUUUGAAAUAAAAAAUGUGAUUGGAAGGGGACAUUUUGGAGAAGUACAUCUAGUAAAAGAGAAGCAAACAGGUGAUGUAUAUGCAAUGAAAACAAUGAAAAAAUUUGGCAAUGAUAUCAACAGAACUAACUUUAAAGAGGAAAGGAAUAUAAUGGCCUUUACCAACUCUUCUUGGUUAACUUCUUUGCAGUAUGCUUUCCAAGACAGUACAUAUUUGGUAUACAUUAUGGAAUAUCACCCUGGUGGUGACCUACUAGGACUAUUAUACAGACAGGGUGGGACUUUGCCAGAAAGUGCGGCUACCUUUUAUUUAGCUGAAGUGAUUCUAGCAUUAGAAGAUCUGCAUUUGAUGGGAUAUGUUCAUAGAGAUAUAAAACCGGACAAUAUUCUCUUAGAUCGAUGUGGGCAUAUUAAAUUAGCUGAUUUUGGAUCUGCUGCCAAAUUAAAUAAAAAUGGUUUAGUAACUACUGGACCUCCUGUUGGAACACCCGAUUAUGUCGCACCUGAAGUUUUGCAGUGUUUAGAUGAGAAAACUGACCAACAUGGAUAUGGAGUUUCUUGCGAUUUUUGGUCCCUUGGAAUUCUUGCCUACGAGCUUACUAUAGGAAGAACACCUUUUACAGGCCAAAAUAUGACUUCCAUAUUUUCAAAAAUAAUGAAUCACAACAAUUCUUUGAUAUUUCCAUCCGACUUUGUUGUCAGUCAAGCUUAUACAUCAUUAGUAAAAAAAUUAUUAACAGAUCAAAAUUCUAGAUUGAACUUAACUCAAAUUAAAGAACAUGCUUUAUUUAAAGAUAUAUCUUUCGAUACUUUGAGAGAGCAAGUGCCUCCUUUCGUGCCUAAAAUAACAUCUUUAGAAGACACUAGCAAUUUUACAGAUGUACAAAGCAAAAAGAAAAACCCUAACAUGGAUUCAUUUAAAAAACGAAACCAAUUUUCUGGCAGGAACCUACCAUUUGUUGGUUUUACAUUCACCCAUGAUUCUGAUUGUUGCGAACGAACCUUUGAAAGAAAAAUUUUAACCAAAGAUGGGAUUGUAGAUGGUUUAAAAAACAAAAUUGAUACACUUACAAAAAAAUUAGUAACCUGGGAAACAUUUGAGAAUGAAAAACAGACUCUGGAGUUUAAACAAGAGGAACUAGAGAGAAAGUUAGGGAGUAUUCAAAAUUUAAGGGAUAGAUUGGAGAGGGAGCUAGCUGGUAGUCUGGCAGAAUGUACGGCUCUCAAGAGAACUUUGGAACUGGAACGUAAAGAUCGGGUGGAGCUGGAAAAAAAGGCCUUGGACCUUAUCAAAUCAGCAAAAAUAAAAUGGGAAACAGCGGAGAAACUGAAAGUUGAAUCUCUUACUCUUGAAAUUGAACAACAAAAAGAAAAGAUAUCAGAACUAACAACCACAAACAAAAUGCUGAAUGAACAACUUCAACAUGCUCUGAAAUUAGAGAACAGACAUAAAGAAUCUUUAGAAAAGGUCGAAUUGCUUAGCAGAAGAAGUGUUGUUGGACUAGAAUCCAGAUUAGACAGAGUAACGAGUGAAACACAGGGUACUAUAACAGAAUUACAAAAAAAAUUAACCGAAGAAGUACACAAGAAUAAUAUUCUAGAAAUCAAAUUGUUGGAUAUGAAAGAUAAAGAUAAAAUACUACGAGAAAAACUGAAAUGUUCUGAAAAAGAAUAUGUGACUUGGAAAGAAUUAAUUGAUGAAGCUGAAUCACAAAUUAGAAACUUAAAUGAAAAAAUUAAUAUUUUAGAAUUAGACGUUGAAAAAAUCGAAGAUUAUAAGGAAGAGAUUAUCUGCCUUAAGAAAAAAAUAGAUAGUGGGCAUAAAGCUUUUAAAGAAAUCGAAAAUAGAAAUACCCUUCUUGAGAUGGAAACCCGGACACUCGAAACAUAUAAAAAGGAAAUGGAUGAAAUGAAGAAGACGAUAGCUGCAUUGCAAAACGAUAAGAAGGUGAACGAAUUGGAAAGUGAAUUAGUAAAAGAGAAAGAAAAAAAUGUGUCUUUAAUAAAACAAUUGCAGGAGUCAGAAAAUAUCGUAACAGAAAACCAGGAACUCAAAGAAUUGCGGACAAAGUUCUGGCGAGUUGAGAGGGAAUUGGGCAAUGCAAAAAUAGAUAAACGAAUUUUAGAAAGGGAACUGAAAGAUGCUCAAGUUGAAAUCAAGCAAUUAUCCGAAAAAGUACACGAUUUUGAAGAAAACAGCAAAAAGGUGAAGAAUGUUCAGGAAGCUGCUUUAUUAGAAUUAAAUAACAUAAAUGAGUCUUUAACAUUGGAGCUUAUAAAAGUCAAGGAUGAAUGUAGAAUUGUGGAAGAAACUCUAAAGAAAGAAAAAUUGAAAUUUGAAAACGAAAAAUCUACAAUUUUCGAACUAAACAAUAUAAUACGAUCAAAAGACGAUCAGAUCAACUCUUUGAAUUCUGAUUUUAAUUUGAUAAAGAAAGAAAGGAACAACUUAGAAAAUCAAAUUAAAAUAUUAGAAAACAGCAAGUGUGAAUUGGUGUAUUUAAUGGAAUCGUUACAGAAAGAAAAGGGAGAUAUUUUGAAUGAAUCCAAUAAAAUUAGAAGAGAAUUGCAAAAUACAAAUUUGAAUCUUACCGCAUUACGAGAAGCUUGUACUCUUUUGGAAAACCAGGUUAUUGAGUAUGAAAAAUUGGUCGCCUCGUUUCAAAAUAAAGAAAAAGAUUUGAAUCUUAAUACAGAAAAAUUAAUAAAAGAUUUGUGCGAUGUAAAAAGAGAACUACAAGAGACCAAAAAGUUAGUUAACGAAGAGAAAUCUUUGAAGUUGUUUGCUGAGACCAAAAUAAAGAAAUUAAAAGAAGAUAUAGAUUGCGUCCAAAACGAAUGUAUAUCUUACAAGCAACAGAGCUCUGAAUAUAGACAGUUUUCGACAGGUUUGUCAAGUGAAUUAUCUGCAACAGAAGAAAAGGUCAGUGGUCUUGAACUUACGGUAAAGGCGUACGAGCGUCAAAUUGAAGAGAUGAGAUCUGAACUUCGUCAUCUGAAGCAAGAAACCUCGGAUUACUUAACGCAACUUAAUAAAUCCAAAGAAGUAACAUACAAAUUAAAACAUCAACUAAGUGAACAAAAGGAAGAAAAUGAGUCUGUGAAACAGCAUUUGCAUGAAACACAAAGAAUUCUAACAGAAAAAUCUAGCUACUAUAAAGAGCGAGAGAUGAAAUAUGAUGCUACUAUCAAGCAACAGAUCAAAUUAAUUGAUUAUUUGCAAUCUAAGAUAGAUGAACAAAAUCACAAGAAGAAAACUCUGACGGAGGUCAUAUUCGGUAGUUCAAAGAAAGAAAAUCAACCACCUUUAUCUCUUUCAAUGAACUACAAAGAUUUAGAGUAUCAGUUGCUAAAAGAACGCCAGAAUAACCAGCAACUUAAUGAAGAAAUAUACAAACUGAAAGCUGCUACUAUGAUUCAGGAAUCCAACAAAGUGGCAGAUAAAAUAAAGGCUGAAAGAUCUAAAUCGGAAGUUUUAUCUCCAAAAAGCAAGGCAGCGAUACAACUACUUGUUAAUUCUCCAAGUAAACAACAAAAAGAAUUUAACAGGCAAAAUUCUCAACGAAGGAUGCAUCACAAUAUACCUCACAGGUUUGAAUCUAAAUUUAGCAGAUCAUCGACCAAAUGUUCCGGAUGCUCAGAACCUAUUUCACUAGGACGUACUGCAGCAGUUUGUUCUGAAUGUACUAUCCAUGUUCAUAUGGAAUGUAAAUCAGACGUUCAAAAUACUUGUGGCCUGCCCGCUGUUUAUGCCAAACAUUAUAAAGAAAGCCUACCAACCAGUGAAGAAAAAGUUGAAAUUAAUAAUUCUAAAGAAGAUGUUAACAUCGAGGGAUGGAUUAAAGUACCUGGGAAGGUUAACACGUGGGAAAAGCGAUAUGCUGUUCUAACAGACAAAGCUAUAAAAAUUUUCUCAGCUUCACCAAAGGAAAAGUCGGCAGUUCUUCUUGAAAGUUUUGAACUUAAACCUAGUAACACUCACGGAAAAGUCAUUUCAGAACCUCUGUCCACAGAAAUCGGAAUACCAAUAGCGAACAGCGAUAUACUUUUCGUAUUAAAAGUAGAAGUUACUCCGGAUACUACGUGCUGGCCUCCAAAAUCAUUUGUCUUCCUUACGCUCUCAGCACAAGAUAAGGAUAAAUGGUUCUUAGCUUUACAAAAAAUAUACUACGAUGAUUUAGAUAAGCCUAAAUCUGAGAGGGUCUUGGUAAUGCCGGAAGAUAUAGAAGUCUCGUGCAUUGUAGAAUUAACAGAAAAUAUUAAAGUACUCGGAACAGCGAUUGGUCUCUAUUCUUAUUAUGAUAACCACCUUCUAUAUAUUGCAGGUCCAAAAAGUAUUCAUCAAAUAUGCGUAAUGUCCACAACAAAUAAGGUUUUGAUGAUUGUUGAAGAAAAUAGAAGUGUGAUAUGUUGUGAUUUAAAUCAUUUGAUCAAUCUAACCCAAUGUUAUUCUCAGUCUACUAAACCAAAAUUAAAAUUUGAAGAGGUUGAUAUAUUGAAUUUAAGCGGCUUUCACAUUUUACAGGUGUCACAUUUUUCCAAACAACCAAAGAUUUGUGUAGCGAAUGAAAGGCACUUGGUAAUUCUCGGAAUGGACUCGGACACAUCUGAAUUUGUUCCCAUAAAAAGGCUGGAUACCGCAGAACCAACAGGAUGUGCCUUAUUCACAGAAACUAGUUUAAUAGUGGGAGCUGAUAAGUUUUUCGAAAUUGAUCUGGGGACUUAUCAAGCCGAGGAAUUCCUAGAUGCUUCGGAUGCUAAACUGAAACAAGCUCAAAGUUGUUACAAGAUGGGCUCCUUCCCUCUGGCUAUCAUUCAAGUUUGCAAAAAUCCCAAAGAGUAUCUACUGUGUUUCAAUGAAUUUUCAGUAUUCGUCGACGAAUAUGGCAGAUCCACUAGACAAAAUGAACUGAAAUCGGCACAUUUACAUUUAGCAUUUCAUUUCAGCAAAUCGUAUUUAUAUGUAUGUCACUUUUCAGCUGUAGGAAUCUUGAAAAUAUCAGAAGAAACUUGCAACAAUGAUGAAAAACCAGACAUUUUUCGAGUGGAAUUGGAUAAAUUUAAGUAUUUAGGGUCAAAUAAACAGGGUAUAUUCAUAGGUGUAAACAAUGAAGUUCGGUUUAUAAAUGGUAGUAAAUUUAUUCCCUUAGACGACAGUUCUUUGGAAAUUGACAAUUCUGAUAACAACUCUGAGGAUAGAUUUACUUUUAGUAGUUCGAUUGUACAAAGUUUGGAUGGGAAUUUGAGUGAUAACGAGAGUGUGGAAGAUAAGCUCAAGAGGGUUAGAUUUUCAGAAACUGAUUUGUAACGGUAUUCCAAUACUGACUCUGACAAUUCUUUCAACGCUAGCUUAAUUAUAUUUAUUAGAUUCUUUUAUCUAUUUCAAAACUCGAUAUUGUAAUAUUCGAUACGAAUAUUACAAUUUAUUUUAUAUGUACAAUUCGUACAAUUCUAUGUACGAUUUGGGUUUUCUUUUAGUGUCUCUUCUUUUUAUAUUACUGUUCAUAAAUAUUCGUGUCCAGUCAAUUUUAAUAAUUAUAAAGAAAAAAGUUAAGGACUUUUCAUUGUUGAAGUUCAUUGUUUGUCCAUCUGAUAUAUCAUUUUUAUUGGUCUUGGUAUUUGUUGUGGUUACCACAUAAUGCACUAAACAAUAUUUAUACUGCCUUUCAAUCUUUAUGGUCAUCUCAAAGUAAGGUCUUAUUCACAUGGAUAAUAAUAUCGAUCUUAUCGUACCUUGCCGUAACUUUGUAGAUAUAUGUAUAGGAAUAUAUUUAUUUCAGAUAAAGCAAUAGGAAUGUUGAUUAUUUCUUAAAAAAACAUUUAAAGCCGUAAUAUUACUAUAGCCCCAAAAUAUUGACUAUUAUUUUUCAAUAAUACUUUGUUCCUUUUAAAAUAUCGCUCCAAAAUGCCAUUACUUUCACGGGAACGCUGACGUCACAUGUUAAAAAUUAAUAAAAAUAAAAUUUAUUUAAAGUAAGGAAAACUAAAAAUGCUAUUUGUCUUCUAAUAUGGUCAACAUGCCUAUUACAUUUUUUUCAGAUAAUUGUUGUUAUCAAUAAUCCAUGCAACAAUUAUUUAACUUCAAAUAUAGUUAUUUUUGAUACUUAUUAUUGUUCAAUAAAUUAUACUAUUAAGACUGUUACUCUAAGAAUAUAUAUAUUAAUAGAAUACUUUUAUUGGUCAUAUACUUACAAAAUACCUACUAAAAGUGACAUUUUUGUAAGUAAUAAUGGACAUACGUAAAUUCAUUUUCACAUUUUAACGGUAUUUUAGAAAAUAAUUGUUUUAUAUUUCGUGUAUGUACUUAAUUUUUUAAGAUUUCUGUAUUUAUCUUGCCUUAUUCUUAGUUUUUGUACUGAUUUUGUCAUUUUUUAAUAUUGUAGAUUGAUGUAUUUUAAAAUAUAUAAAUGAAUAGAUUUUCACAU